CCUACGAAGGCUGUAGUUUUAAUAUCCCCACCUCAACUCAGUCACAACUGAUUUCGAUAGCUUGAAGCCAGGAAGAAUCGCCUUCACCUGUACCAGUGUUCCAAUGAGAAGUGGUGUUUACUGUUGCUCCAUUUCUUGAUUUGAAAAACGAAAGCAACAUCAGCCUCAGACGUGUAGGACUCCAGUCCAGGAAAGUUCAGUCCACUGUUUCCACACGCAAGAUCUGUGAGGCGGAGAUCCCUCCAUCUGUCAGAAGUGUCCUUUCCGUUGUUGUCAAAUCAAUUUGAACAGACACAAAUACACACACAUCAGCACUUGGUCGACCUAGCUGUCACGUGCACCACCCACCCACACUGAGCAGCCUGUAAGCGUCAAAGUAGGGCCAGUGUGUUCCUAAAGGGGGGUGCUGUUGCCCCCCCUCCUAUGUGUCACAUUUCAGCGGCCUGAGGUUGAUUUAAUUAACCCCGUCGGGAUCCGGACAACGAGUGCAGAGGUCACUGCUGCGGUGCCCCCAUCGUCGACGCCCCGAUGUAUCUGAAGAAGUACUUGACGGAAGGCCUCAUCCAGGUCGCCAUCCUGCUCAGCCUGUCUGGCACCAGGGUGGACGUGGGACUCGAACCCGGCCUCCUGUCGCCCCUGCAUGAGAUGAUGCUGGGGCCAAGCGCAGGGAUCACCCAAACCCAGUUCCAUAACCUGUGGAACCAUCUGGAAGACGGCCAGCCCAGCCACCCCAAAAACGUUGACUUGGACGGGUUCACCUCUCGACGGCUGCUUGGCUUGGUUCGCUCGCUCGAUAGAUUACAGGUGCCAAACACAGAGCUCGAGGCAUGGUUGGUUCACAGAGAGCCGGACAUGCUGCCAGGGGAACACCAUGGCCAGCCCGCCCCACUGGAGAGAGCUCAUGUGAGGCUAGAAGAAGACAUAGCAGGGCCUGGCCUCAAUCCCGGAGACAUCCUCAGAAUCCAGGGGGAAAAUGAGACGGGUAGAGAUGUCCACACGGAGGGUGGAGAGUUGGACGAGAGCCCGCGGCCUCUUAGUGAAUGGAGCCAGGGCUCGGCGUGGAGCGAUCGAUCCCAGCAGGAGGAGACGCAUCGCCGAGUGCUCUCCGACCAUCAGAUGUACAGCAACUCCCUGGACGAGGAGGAAGGAGAGAUGGGCGAUGGAGCAGAAGAGGAGGAGGACCAGGAGGAGGAACCUGCCAGUAGAUCCGAGAGGGAGAGGGAGAGGAGAGAUUCUGUCAGCGACAGUGAGUCGGCUCAGAAUGAUGAAGAGCAGGAGUCGCUCUCUCUUCAGGAGUGUUUGAGGUUGUUGGAGCACACGUUUCCCUUAACACAUCAGCCAUCGGAGGAGAUCUUGCCUACGAUUGGAGGAGCAGUGGAUCAUGAGUAUCUGUUUGCAGAGAGAGGCCCCCUGCUGUCCCCUCUGAUUCCCUCAGAGCAGCCCCCCCUGGACCUCGAGCUACAGUGGGAAGACCUGUUGGCAAUCAUGGAGCCUCAUGGUCUGGAUGUUAGCACCCGGUUUCCAAGUUACCAAGAUGGGCCAGUUCAGACUCCAUUGGAUGCUGCCAUUUUGAGCAAUUACCAAAGCAACUCAAACAGCCGCAAUGACAAUCAGAUGAUUUACCAAGAUGUUCAUCUGAUGGAGGCUGCUCUGCCACUAGGCACCAUUUCCCUACACCAUCCAGAAACACGCCUUCUACCGCUGACCCCAAGCACAGAGUUGGAUCAACACAACAUGAGUUUAAACCUGAGCGAGGCUUUGGAGAAUAUGGACGUCAAUAGCUCACCUAGAACUCCAUACCAUACAAAUCUGAUUUCUGGCGAUCCUUUGGAUGACCUUAACAUGGGCGUCAAUGUUGAAAAUGGUUACACAGCAUUUGACAUGAACCCACUCACGCAAGACGCUGAAGAUAACUUAAUCACUGAUAACACUGGUCUAGGAGAUCCCAGUAACUUUGACAUAAACUUCUAUCCCAAUGACUUUACCUCGGCCAGCUUGACCCAUCAAGAGCUGAGUGGUGCGAAUCCCAAUCUGCCAAUACUCCCUCUAAGUCAUUUAUUGGUUGAUGAUGAGGAAGAGGGUGAUUACGGUCUUGCCGGCCCCUUGGGGGAGCUUCUUGAGGAUCCCACCAUCCUGGAAGAGAUGAGCCUGUUGGAUCUGGCUCUAGAGGAAGGCUUCAGUCCGGAGAUGGCAGCUCGGCUAGAAGAGGAGGGUUACCUUGUCCCUGAGCAAGCCAAUAGGAACACGGGCCCAUACGACACCGUCAUGCCCGACAAUGAGGAAGACGAUGGCGGUACAUCAUGGUCAAGGAUGGCUCAGGGUGGCUCCAGAACACUUCGCCAAGAGAGUGGGGAGAAGGCCGACUCGGAUUCUGGACUCUCUUUGGACUGCAGCUUCAGCCCUGCCUCUCCUUGUGGCUCUGAAUCCUCCUGCUAUUCCUCCUCGUCCUCUUCUUCUUCUUCUUCUUCAUCCGGCUCGAGUGAAGGAGGUCUUUAUUCUGAGGAGAAUGACCAGAAGGAUGAGGAGGGGGAAAUUAACCUGGACAUGGAGCUGGAAGUGACCAUAAAGCAGGAAGAAGAGGAGGGGGCCGUCGGAGGAUACUACUCCUCCGAUGUGAACAAAAUGGUCCCCUCCAGCUAUCAAGAAGAAAAGCUCUUCAACGGCCUGCCUUGGCAGGAGCAUAUCGGCCAUGAUCACUCCUACAACCAGGCCUGGCCCUCCUCCCCCACCUCUGUUACCGGAAAGACUUCCAAGAAAAAAUCCAAGUAUUCAUCCCGACAGAGCAGAACCAAGUCGUAUUCCCGGUCCUCCGCUGAACAAUUUGUGGAGGCCGAACUAUGGAAUCGGGACGACCGCAGGGCGCAGUCCUUGAAGAUCCCCUUCUCCAACGAACUGAUCAUCAACCUACCGGUGGACGACUUCAACGAGCUCCUGGCCAAUCACCGUCUCAACGAGCAGCAGCUGAACCUGGUGAGGGACAUACGCCGCCGGGGAAAGAACAAGAUGGCUGCCCAGAACUGCAGGAGAAGGAAGCUAGGUGCCCUGCAGGGACUGGAGGUGGAUGUGUCCGGGCUGAGGCGGCGGCGUGCGUGGCUGCGCCGGGAGAAGCAGGAAGCGCUGAAGUCUCUGCAGGAGAUGGAGCAGAGGCUGGAGGGGCUUUACCAGGAAGUCAUGUUCAGCCUGAGAGACGAGGAAGGCAGGCCAUUGGACGCCACAGAUUAUGCUCUUCAGUUUGGAGCCAAUGGGAGUGUCACCGUCACCCCACGGCGACAAGGGACAUUACCACGAGGUGACAGUAAAGGCGGCAAGAAACACAGAGAUAAGAAGUAACUUUUCCUUGGAGAGGAAAGAACGCCAGUGUUCACUGGGAUGUUCAAUGUACACAGGAAGUAGACUUUACCGCCAAGCUAAAGACUUUGUUGCCUUCCUAGCUGAAAGGUUAAUUGGGAGAGGACCCUUAUCCAAUGACUUUGUUACCAAAUUUGGUUCUGGGUAUAUGAUUAUUCAGGGUAUAUUAAUCAAAACUGUUGUUGGCUGGAACAGUUCAACUCUAAUAAGCUUUAAAACCAAAGAAAGGACAAUGAAAUGCUGUGUGUUCAAAUUUGAAACUGAAAUCCCCAAAAUCUUAAAUGGAAUGAGCAAUCCGGUAUUGUGUUAAGGUGUGUAUCCAAAAAAGGCGAAAAAACACAUAACUAUCUUUGCCAAGGAUGUAUGACUGUGCUAUAUUGUGUUAAACUAUCAUAUCAUGUAUUUGAAAUAGCACAUGGGUGUUAUGUUUGUGAAUGACAGUGAGGCUGGAUCCUGGCUGUCCGUAUCUCAUCCUAAUCAGAGUUCCUGUCUCCUCUGAAGUUAUUCUAAAAUAGGUAGUACUGUAUAUUCUUUUUUCAUAUUAUGAAAAAAUGUCAAUGUUAGCCUUAAAAACUACCAUAGAGGAUUGAUUCUGGGAUUGGCCUUCAUUCAUUUGUUUUCAUUAAUUCCGAUUUUUUUCUCCAACCUCCUGGCCCCCCUUUGCUUUAUAUUUCAAAUUUCUACCAUUUAUGUCCUAUUAGAAUGUACCAUUUUAAACCUGGCUUCCAGAAACCAUAAAACACAGAUAUUAUAUGAAAGGAGUAGGUAAGGUUGGCAAUCAUGAGGUUUAUGUCCAUCUUGCCCUGGUAGGUGUUGUUUAGCCCCAUAGCUAUUAUUGGAUCAAGCAGUCCUAAUAUGUUAUAGCAGAACUUCUGGGGGGAAGACGCCAGAGAGCCUGGGCUGGAAACCAAAACUGGUAGAAUUACGCCUUAUUCCCUUACAGAUAUUCUACCGAAGUAAUUUGCCUAAUUGGCGUCAACUAUUGCCAGCUGAGUUUGUGUUUGCCAAUAACACACUUACAGAUCCCAGCCUCCAGCAACAUGAUUGGUCGAAAGAUGUUUGCCCAGAUUUGAGCUUUUCAGACUUUAGAUACUGAUUUUAAAUCUGAUUUGUGAGUAGCCCAUUGCUAAGAGCAAAAUGCAAAUGUUAGUGGAUCUACCAGCAAAACUAACAAGCACAUGGAAUGCACUCCUUUUUCGGAUGCAUGGAUUAUCAGAUCCAGGAAGAUUGAAUAAAAUCCAGACGACUCGAACUUGUGGAUACCACGUGGGAUGAUACAGUAUCAUGAUAUUCACAUCCAGAUCUCUUCUAAUCUGUAGAGAUGAGCACAAUGGAAAACCGAAAGGUAUUAAUAUAUCGUAUUGUAAGAAUAUCUCAGGGGUAGUUUGAAACGUAGUAGCGACACAAGUAGUUGACUUGAGCUUUCUGGAACUAGAUGAGGUACCACAGACCUGUUCUAAUUCUCGAGCAAGAAUAAAGACUAGGUUCCAAUUCAAAUAAAUUAUUGCCCCCCCACCCUUCUUUAGAACUGAUUAUAUAAAAUGAAUGCCCUUACAUCAAAAUCAUGUUUUGUGAUACAUGCUGUUUAAAGUGUUCAUUUGGGUGCUUGAUGCAAAAAUAAAAAGCGCUACAAGUUAUUCAUGUUUAGAAAAAGUUACGCACGGUACAAUUUUUUUUUUAAUCAGGGUUCAAAACCAUUAUAGUGGGCCAUUUACAAACUACAGCUUUAACAUUGAAUAUUUCAGCAUAUUCAUACAAAAGUUAUGCAUUGCACCAUCACCCUAACCUCAAAAGCUUUAUCAAGUUAGAAAAGGUAUUGACCCCCUCUGUUCUGACAGUGACAUUUAAGUGUAUAAAACUGAAGAUCUAGAUUGUACAAUAUAUAUAAAGAAAGUCCAAAAAUCCUGAACUUUUAUGACUUUGAAAUGUAUGUUUAUUUAAUUUGUAAUUAAAUUGAUUUGGUUUAUUAUCCGUUUCUUUUGGUUUUAGAUUUGUAAUGUUUGUUUGCUGGUGACUUUGUACUUUCAGAUUAAUUAAAAAUGUUUUUCAAUGAGUGGAAACACCCUUUUUUCCUUUGCAAAAGUUAAGGAUUUAAAGUGCGAGCAUAAAAGUUCUGCUGUGAAAGGAGGUCAACAAUAUUUUGGUUCAGUCUUUUCCAUUUGUAUUUAUAUUAUUUGACAUUCCGUAAAAGAAAAAUCCUGCACUUUUGGAUUAAUCUGUCACAUUGUCCGGGGAUGAAGAGACCACAAACAUUUACCAAAGCA